UGUGGAAUACUACACAUAAAAUAGAGUAGGCGGAAGAAAAGUUUUUAGUUUGAGCAAUACUCGAAGUUCUCGAAGCUUUCAAGGAUUAAAUCUCCGAUCUCAAUGUCUAUGAAGACUAAGAAUCAAUUUGCAGCACUACAAGUAAGGGGAAGGUUCACGCACGUGCUAGAAAUUUAUGUAAAUAACACAAUGUUGGAAGUGGACAAAAUGUUGGAAAAAUGCGGCGAUUUCAAUCGACAGCAGCUAAUCAUGCUGCUACUCUCUGCUCUGAUCAGUUUACUAUCGGCCAUGCUUAACAUAUCAUACUCGAUCAUUUAUACUGUGCCAAAGCAUUGGUGUGCUGAUGGACUGGGCUCGGGGCCUCCACCACCAAAUGCAGACGAAUGCAAGCCAUUCUAUACUAACUCAAGCACCUCUGACACCUGCAAAAACUACAGCUAUGAAUCAUACAUGGGCUAUCAGAGUUUUGUCAGUGAAAUGAACUGGAUAUGUGAUAAGGCGUGGAAAAUGAAACUGGGAAACAACAUUGCACGUGCGGGCUGCGCGAUAGGCAAUCUAGUUAUGGGCUAUUUGGCAGAUAGACUGGGUCGGGUGCCAAUACUUGUUUUUGCCAAUGUCAUGACCAUAUCGGACAACUUUUUGACAAUUUUUGGCAUAAGUCUGGAACUUUUUUGUGUUGUUCAAUUUAUUACCGGUUUUGUCGUUAUCAGCAACUUUUCGAUUAUUCGCAUUCUUAUUGUGGAAUAUAUGCGUCCUUCUUUGCGCACCGUUUGCCUGAACAUCUCUUAUGGUUUCUUUUUCUGUUUGGGCAUGAUAAUUUCACCUUGGAUAGCGAUCCUCACAGGUAGUUGGCGCCGUUUCAUGCUUCUCCAAGCGCUGCCAAUAAUUGUGGUGCCGUUUUUCUUUUAUUUUGUGCCGGAGAGCGUACAAUGGCUGAUCUCAAGGCAGAAAUAUGACGAGGCUAUAGAAUCCCUGAGACGUGUGGCCAAGACUAAUGGCCGCCAAAUUGAUGACAGCGUAUAUGAGGAAUUCAUUGAGGACUGCAAAUUAAGUCAGCAAAAUACGAAGACCAAUCCAAAUCUGCUGCACCUCUUCAGGAUGCCGCGCCUACGCCGGACCUUGUUAAUUUUGUUGUUUGAAUACUUCGUAUUUUCUUUCUACAUCAGUAUCAUCACUUAUCGUUUGAGUGGUGUUGAGAUUUCGCGUUUUGUAAUUAUCUCACUGUCUGCAACUGCCUUAUUGCCUUCCAGCUUGGCAGCAAUUGUCCUGCAAGAUCGUAUCGGACGCAAGACGUUGGCUUUUACAAUAGUGAUCCUCAUGUGCAUUUUCAUUUUGGUAUCGGGCGUCGUCUUCUCAACCGCUGCUAAUCGUUCGGCAAGAACUCUAUUCACGUGUUAUGUUAUUGGGAUGUUUUUUCACAGCCUUGCCGUCAACUCAAAUACGCAGUACACCUUGGAGCUACUUCCAGCUUGUAUUCGUGGUCAGGCAUUGGGUGCACUCUUUACCAUGGACCUUGCGAGCCUAAUAUGGGCAAAUUGCAUUUUCGAUAUGCGCAAAAUCUUCAUCCUGCUGCCGGAAAUCAUUCUGGGCGUGCUCACAUUGCUGGUUGCCGGAUUGAUCCUGCUGCUGCCGGAGACACUAGAUCGCACGCUACCCAGUUCACUGCAGGAUGGCGAGCAGCUUGGCAUUGACGAGCAUUGGUACACAUUUAGGUGCAUGGAGAAGCGCACACAGCCCGAAGAGCUUGAUAGCCCGUUGGCACCGCAAAAUAGUAUAUAAGAGAGAAUCCCGCAAUAUUUUGAAUUCCACGUCUCAAGUAGAUAGACAAUUACAAAUU